GGAAACCCCUGAAGGAGAACAUGUGAACUCCGGGCACGCAGGGCGGAGCUGGGAAUCGAACCCCAACCCUGGAGGACCGGAAGCGGAAGUAAUUUCACUGUCAGGUCAGGUGACGCAGUUGUGAAGAUUCCAAAGCUCGCUCGCGGAUAAGCAGCUUGUAGGAAAGUAAACAGAGAAGAAUCAUGGAGGCCGCGGAUCCUCGGUCCUCGAGUGACGGCGCGCCGGCUAGCAGAGGAGGAUUCCCGGGCGGGGAGAGCAGCAGUGACCGGGACGGCGGGCGGGCCGGAGGCACCGGCGGAGAGGGCGAGAGGGAGCAGCGGGACCGGGCUACUUUUGAGUGUAAUAUCUGCCUGGACACCGCCAGAGACGCCGUGAUCAGUCUGUGCGGACAUCUUUUCUGCUGGCCAUGUCUCCAUCAGUGGUUGGAGACGAGGCCGAGCAGGCAGCAGUGUCCUGUGUGCAAAGCAGGAAUCAGCAGAGAUAAAGUCAUUCCUCUGUACGGCCGCGGCAGCACCAGCCAGGAGGACCCCAGAUUAAAAACUCCACCUCGACCUCAAGGACAGAGAACAGAGCCUGAGAGCAGAGGGUUUCAGGGUUUCGGUGAUACCGGGUUCCACAUGUCUUUCGGUAUCGGUGCUUUUCCUUUCGGCUUCUUCACCACAAUAUUCAACACCAACGAUCCGUUCCACAGACCAGAUCCUCACUACGCCGCAGAUCACCAAGGCAACGGGAAUGGUAACAACGGCAACAACUGGCAGGACUCGCUCUUCCUCUUCCUCGCCAUCUUCUUCUUCUUCUGGAUGCUGAGUGUGUGAAUGUGUGAGAGAGAGAACGAGAGAGAGAGAGAGAGAUGAUGUCAGGACCGACACACACACACACACACACACACAGACACACACACACACACCACAGAUUGUCCAGUACAGAGAAACAGUAUUAAAACACAGCUGGAGUUUAAUGAUGUUCCAUAAAAAAUUAAUAAAGCGAGUGUGUGAAAAAUAACACACACACACACACACACACACACACACACAUGCACACACUUGUACGUCAUUAUCCCACUGUUUCAUGACUUCUGCUUCAUACCAAAGAGAAUUCCUCUUCACACACCUUACACGCGUGUUGAGCUAACGUCGUUUAGCACAUUAGUGUAUGUAAAAAGUAUUAUUUAUCCCUUUUGGUUCUCGAGUGUCUAAUCCACGCAUCCGUUCCACGCUUUUCCACCGCAAAGGAGCCUGACGCAUCAGGAUCACCGCCAUACACGUUACUGCUACAGUGCAUUAUGGGUAUCUUGUACGUUAUAGGGAAACCACGUCACGUGGACGUUAGCCAGUAUCUAUGACAACGAGGGAUUAACAUGGCCGCAUCAGCAUUAGGUGGAUUACACUCUCCUAUGGCAUCAUGGGUAAGCCACGCCUCCCAACGCUACCUGGUUACCAGGAGAAUCUUGUUAGAAGCUUGUUAAAUCUGUAAGGUGCUACUGUAACUUAAAAAAAAAUAGCAAAACUAGCAUCACAAACGCUAAGUUCACGCAGGAUGAUCGGUGAUGACAGAGCUUUACGUUGUUCCAACUGGAAAUCCUUCUUGCAUUGAUGUCUCCUUCCUUGUGUUUAUGGCGUAACAUCAGAAACACUGUUGAGGCAGAAAUUCGUUACUAAGUGAAUCCAGCUAGCGAGUAAACGUUAUGCUAGAACAUCGCAGGUUAUUCUUCUGCCUGAGUGCAAUGAACCGUAAAUCCUUCUCUGUAACUUUUUGGAGAACCGUUGUACCGUGGCUAGUUUUGGAUUUCUCGUUUUCUCUCAUUUUCAUUGGCUGUCUUACGUGACCAAUCACAAGGCUUCCUAGGCUGAGAAGAGAUCGAGGCAAGUGAAACACACACACAAGCGAGGGCUGAGUUUAUCUUAUUCGCCGAAACCUUGGAUCUCUAGGAUACAGAAAGGUAACAGCAGUUCAUGCCGGCGGCACGUCAUUAGAAGGCGUGUCUAUCUUUAAUUUAAUUUAUGCAGGUUGCCAUGGUUUCACACGUUGCACCAGGCUAGUACGAUAUGGCCGCAGAGAUGAUAGUUAGCUACCGAAUGUAUACAGAAAUACAAAUUCUGGAGGGAGUGGCUUGUGUAUAAAUGAGGCGUGUCGAAUAAACCAAGGGUCUUACUGAUUGGUUCAGGAAUCGCGACAAGUAUCUGAUAGAAACCGAGUGAAAAAAUGAGAAAUGUACCACUAUUACUUAAUCGUUUGUAUAACGUUAAACAUUGUCCAGUUUCCGGUUACUGGCCCCCUAACAUCGCUAGCGAUUGUGUCACUUCCUGAUGCCGAGGUUGAAAGUAGCCGUCUACUUUGAGCGUGAAUGAACUACCAAGAUGUGCAGUGAUGCUAAACGGUAACCAGGGCAACCACAGAAAAGUGUUACGUCAGCUGCCAAUCAUUUCUAAUAGUGUUCGUAAGCGCAGCGUUAAAGACCCGGAGUUAAGGAAAUCUCGGGUCCGGGGGCUCUGUGGCGGCACGUACGUAGAAAACGAAUGUGAACACGUUAAUGUGAACGUAGGGUAAGUUUGCGCUGUUAUAGCCUGGUUCUUUAACAGGAUAGUUAGCAGUUAACGUAUAAGAUAAGAUUAGCACUGUACAUAAACACACACACACUCGGAUAAACCCUUAUAGAAUGCUAAACAUGUUUAAUCUAACAGCUAACGUUGCGCACACAUACACAUUAAAUAAUCACUAUCAAGAACUCUCGGGUGUUAGCAUUUGGGGCGGAGACUUAAAAUGGCCGACGUUAGUAGUUACACUAACAGGAUGUCAGUCUGUGUGAGGGGGCGGAGCCUAAAUUGUGUGAAAUUGGUGUUUAGUCUUUUUCAAGCUCUGUUAAGCAACCUAACAGAAUUCUACAGUAUGAGUGUGAGUUUCACACCGUGACGUGUGUGUGUGUGUGUGUGUGUGUGUUUAUAAAUGUUUUGUCAUGAGAUUGAUUGAAUAUUUCUGUACUCCUUUCUGUAAGAUUUCUGUAGCUAUGAUGACAUCACUACGAUGAGUUAUGGAGGAGGCGUAUGAAAUCAGAUACGAGGACGCAGAUUCUAACGCACCCCUUGUUGACUUCGCCUGAGGGCGAGCGCUCGCAGCACAGCACAGGGAGCGCGGAAUAUUCCAGAGUUUUCCGACAGGAAUUCCAACCAGACUGAAAAACACUCCAAAUGUAUUCCGUGAUGCGCUAGCUCCGAACGCUACCCGCUAGCCGGGUCAUGUCCUGCUAGCAUUGUUUUUGACUAGCAUUCUGAGGAGGAUGAGGAUCGCAAAAGUAUUUUUUAAAUGUCCCUUUUAACCAUCCGCCAUUUUGUAAAAAAUAAUAAUAAUAAUAACGUUGGCUCGGCUGAUUCAGUAACAGAAUAGACUUUUACAAUGACUCAGUCAAGGGGAAGUGGACAAGGGUGUGUUAAAAUCAGGACUGGAAUGUGUGAUGAUGAUGAUGAUGAUGAUGAUGAUGAUGAUGAAGCUGUGUGCGUGUGUGUGCGUGUGUGUGUGUGUGUGUGUGUGCUUUAUCUUGCUGUUGUAUUGCUCGUCUUUUUGACCUGAAUAAAAGGAGAAUUAUAUUUGUGUUGUGGGUGGAGCUUGUGGGCGGAGUUGGAAAAAUGGGGGCGGGGCUCUUUACUGUAAGUCAGUGAAUAAAUGUUUCCUAUUGGAUAUACACACUGUGUUCUGUUUUCUGUUUAUUUCUAAUCUGUUUUUCCCCAAUUCUGUUCGGUUUAAUGUUAUUUAGUUCAGGUCUAGUU